UGAGGUGUCUUCGGGAGAUGAACCAUACGCGAAGUCCGACUGCGACUAAUUGAGUUAUAAUUUUCGCGUGAAUUUUUGGGCGAGCGUUUCGGAAGCAAUUACACGCCCGUUGAAAAGAUGGUGUCAGUCAGUGGUUCAACCUGAACGGGGUGGUGGUCAGUUUGUUGAUUGGGUAGAGGUGGAUUCCAGAAAUUGAGUUGGCAAGAUCGUGUGCUGUGAUGGUUGACAUUGAUGAUCGAUUUGAAAUGGUUUCGUACGAGAUGAUUGAUGAGGAUGAUCCAGAAACUGAUUUACGUAUCAUCUACGGGCUAAACUUUUCCACGUCCAUCGAAAAACUACCAGACAAGGUCAUUCUGCACAUUUUCUCGUACCUGAGCCACCUGGAGAUAUGUCGCAUGGCGAUGGUCUGCAGACGCUGGCGUACGAUCGCGUACGAUACCAAGCUGUGGAAGAACGUGUCGCUGCGACCGGAAGUGUCCGGACUGCACGUCGGUUCGCUCGAGCAGCUGCUCCAAAUGGUCUCAGUUCGAUUCGGAGCUUCGCUGCGCUACAUCGAGCUGCCGAUUGAGCUGAUCACGCACACCGUGUUGCACGAACUGGCCAGCAAGUGUCCCAACUUGACUCAUAUGCUACUGGAUUUCUCCACAGCUAUGCAGCUGCACGAUUUCAGCGAAAUGCAGGCUUUUCCGGCCAAGUUGCGCUACAUGUGCAUCUGCCUGUCCGAGGUCAUCUUCAUGGAGGGCUUCAUGCGUAAGAUCUACAACUUUAUCAACGGUCUUGAGGUGCUGCACCUGAUCGGAACGUAUGAAAAGUGUGAAGAGGAAGAGGAGGAAGUUUACGAGGUCGUGAACGUGCACAAGAUGAAAUCUGCUACGCCGAACCUGCGCGUCAUCAACCUGUAUGGCAUCAACUUCAUUGACGACUCCCACAUCGAUGCGUUCAGCUCGAACUGCAUCCAGCUGGAGUGUCUCGCGGUCAACUUCUGCAGCAAGGUAACCGGAUCAACACUUAAAGCUCUGCUCGCUCGCUCCAAGCACCUCAAGUGUCUGCUCAUGAACGGAACCGAUCUGAAGUCCGAGUUUGUUAUGCAAGCUGAGUGGGACAAGUGCUCCGUUCAGGAGCUGGACAUCUCCGGUACCGAUCUGACCUCCGAGUGCCUGAUCGACAUGGUGACUCGUGUUCCCACCUUGCGCUUCCUGAGUGCCGGUCAGAUCAACGGAUUCAACGAUUCCGUCCUGAAGGCGUGGAUGGAGAGUGGAAUGGCAAAGAGCUUGAUCUCGCUCGAUCUGGACUCGUCGGACAACAUCUCCGACGAAAUGCUUGGGCGCUUCAUCGGACGCUACGGUGGCCAACUGCAGGCCUGUGUCCUAUCCGGCAUGACCCACAUUACCGAUCAGCUGUGGAUGACGAUCCUGCCCACGCUGGUGAACGUGAAGAUCGCCGUAAUGGGAACGACCGAGCGGCUGGGUGGUAACAUCCACGUGGACCAGCUGAUGGAUACCAUCGGUUCGUCCUGUCCGAAGCUGGAACGGCUGGAGCUGCGCUGGGAUCCGGAGAAUUUGCGUUUCUCCGACAAGAGCCAGAAGGCGAUCGAUAUGUUGCGCGUCAAGUGCUCGAAGCUUCGCUGUAUGGUGCUGAGCGACGGUCGCUACUACGAAACGGUCAAGGCCAACUUUGAGCGUGCGGAUCGGCUGACGGUGGUCCGCACGACGACCAGCUGCCGUGUGUCCGCGUACCACGUGCUCAGCAAUUACAACGAGCUGAUCUUCAACUGAGAUGCACUCUUUGCUAUUCUAAAACGCAGAAGAGAAAUGUUUUAAGUGUUUUAUAUUUAUUUAAUCGUUACUCGUUAUUACAAGCCCAAACACCCAAGUGAAAUAGAUGCAAACAAACCAAAUGAUCAAUAGAAGGAGGAAUAUUUUGUAAAUUUUUACCCCAUUUCAAAUUAAUAAAAAGACGGAGUGUUGUUAAAGUGUGUA